AUGGCCCUUCCACCCCGUGUCGAUGUCCACUCACACUUCCUCCCACCCUUCUACCACGAGGCCCUGCUGGCAAAUGGCCACGAAAAAGUAGACGGCAUGCCCGCCAUCCCAGAAUGGUCCCUCGACGGCCACCUCACCCUCAUGUCCGCCGCCAACAUCACAAAAUCCAUCCUCUCCAUAUCCUCUCCUGGCACGAACCUCCGCCCAAACACUCUCUCUUCAGAAGUCACUUCCCUAACACGCAAAUGCAACGCCUUCGCCGCAGACCUCAAGCGCAGACACCCUGACAAAUUCGGCUUUUGGGCAUCGCUCCCCCUGCCGGAUGUGCAAGCUGCGUUGGAAGAGAUUGAUAGAGCGCGGGAAGAGGGCUGCGACGGGUUCGCCCUCAUGACGAACUACCACGGGUCUUACCUCGGCGAUCCCAUGUUCGAUCCUAUCUUUGCGAGAUUCAACGAGUUGCACGCAAAGGUCUUCAUACAUCCUACCGCACCGUGCAUGCAGUGCUCGGGCGCGCCGACACCGGCGCUACCGUUUGGUGAUGGGUACCCGAUACCUAUCUUCGAAUUCAUCUUCGACUCUGCAAGGGCGGUGAUAAAUCUUUUCUUCUCCGGGACCGUGGAUCGGUGUCCAAAUGUGACAUUUGUGCUGCCGCAUGGCGGGGGCGUGUUGCCGCCGUUGCUUACGCGGUUCACUGCGUUUGGAGCGCUGGUACCGGAGAGUAGGGGAAUCGAUGCCAAGGUGGUACGGAAACAGCUUGGAGAGCAGUUCUACUUUGACCUGGCAGGGACUGUAUUUGAAGGCGAUGAGGGCGUGGUAGGGUCGGGCCAGUUGAAGGCGCUGGUUAGGGGGUUCGAUAUCUCCCAUGAGAGGUUGCUGUAUGGGAGCGAUUUUCCAUUUACGAGACAUGCGUCUGCGAUGAUCCUUGCGAAUAGAAUGAAGGAUGGGCUGGACGAAUUAUUUGAAAAGAAGGAGAGAGACGCGAUCUAUCAGGAAAACGCUGAGAAAUUAUUGCGAAAAGAGACGCUGACGAGAGGGAGAGGGGACCGAUAG